GCUACAACCCGUCGACAUACGCUGUUGGACGCUUUUCCUCUUCCCCUCUAGUUCUCUUCCCCGGACGGUCUUCUGUUCCUCCCUUUCGCUCUUUUUCCCCUGGUAUACUUCUUUGGUUCAACUAAUUCCUACCCCGUACACAUCGCCAAGAAGUCCAUAUCAGUGAAAUACGUAGCAACGACUCGAAUUCCUCGUCUUCGUCCACAAUGCGACGGUGGUGCUCUGCACUACUUUCUUUGCUUUCUCUAGCCUCGCUAGGCUCCGCCGCGCCGUACAGCGAUGAACUCACCGAUUAUAACCUAAACACCAACCAAAACGCGCAGAAUCCGCUUGAGUACUCCACUAAUAAACUCAGCAGCUAUCACCCUUCGCCAGACAACUGGCGUGAAUUCCCAUUCUAUACCAUCCUUCUCGAUAAAUUUGCAGAUGGCGACCCAUCUAAUAAUGACUACUUCGGCACCACGUUCGAGUACGACUGGCGGGAAACUCAGCUUCGAUUCGGAGGAGAUCUCAAGGGUCUUAAAUCACGGCUUGACUACCUUGCGGGAAUGGGAAUUAAAGGCAUCUUUAUUUCGGGUACCCCCUUCCUGAACUUGAUUUGGCAAGCGGACAGUUACUCACCUCUCGAUUUCACGGUUUUGGACCCUCAUUGGGGUACUAUUGCGGAUUGGCGUGACCUCAUUGAUGAGAUUCACAGGCGUGGAAUGUACUUCAUGGCUGAUUUCACUGUUGGUACCAUGGGUGACUUGGUCGGUUUCGAUGGGUUUUUGAACAAGUCGGCGCCAUUCGAUCCCAAGGAGCACGACGCGGUCUGGAAACAACCUCGGUAUUCACCAUGGGGAUUUGACGAAUACAAGGACUUUUCGAUCAACAAUGCAUAUAAUUCAUCUUGCGUUCUUCCUCCCUUCUGGUCCAACGACGGUACUCAAGCCGACAUCGGAUGGACCACUGGUUGUAAGGCGUCUGAUUUCGAUCAGUAUGGUGACACAGAGGCUUUCGGUGUUCAUCCCGAUUGGCAACGUCAAUUAUCUAAGUUCGCCUCCGUGCAAGACCGUCUUCGGGAAUGGAACCCUUCGGUCAUGGCAAGGCUCCAGAACUUUGUUUGCAUGGCUAUUACUGCUCUGGACCUUGAUGCCAUUCGUAUUGAUAAAGCUACUCAAGUAACUGUUGAUGCACUCGCACAGUGGGCUUCCAGUGCACGAGCGUGUGCGAACAAGCUUGGAAAGAAGAACUUCUUUAUAUCCGGUGAGGUAACUGGUGGUGAUACCUUUGGUUCUCUGUACUACGGUCGCGGUCGUACCCCGACUCAACGUCCUCAAGGUUUCCUGGAAGCCGCGAAUACUACCGCCGAUCAGAACCAAUUUUUCCUUCGUGAUGCACCUUUGAACGCCCUGGACGGCGUCGCUUUCCAUUAUUCUACCUAUCGCUCCUUAACUCGUUUCUUGGGAAUGGACGGUAACUUGCAGGUCGCUUUCGAUGUCGACACCAAUUUUAUCACUGCCUGGAAUCAAAUGUUCGUGAAUAACGACUUCUUGAAUGCGCAGACCGGGAAGGUCGACCCAAGACACAUGUUCGGUACAAGUAAUUUCGAUGUCUACCGUUGGCCUAGCGUAGAGAACGGUACUCAGCGCAGUGUCCUCGGUACCUUCAUCGCCACCUUGGUCAUGCCCGGUAUUCCUCUUCUUUUCUACGGCGAAGAGCAGAAUUUCUAUCUAUUUGAUACCGGCGCGUCAAAUUACCUCUACGGUCGUCAGGCAAUGGUCAGUAACAAGGCCUGGCAGCGUCAUGGAUGCUACUCGCUCGGCUCGGACCAGUACUUCAACAUGCCUAUUGGAAAGGCCAUGCUUGGGUGUCAGGAUGACUGGAACUCGCUCGAUCACUUUGACCCCACCACCGACACUUACCGUGUCUUCGGUCACAUGAACUACCUGCGUACUCAGUACAACGCCCUCCAGGACGGCUUCAAUCUAGUUCAACGUGGAAACUGGACUUAUUUCAUCCAGCGCCCUGGUUCGAACCAAACGGAGACCGAGAUGGGCAUGUGGUCGGUUACUCGCUCUGCCAUUGAGACGGUCCAGACGUUGACGGGUAACCACACUGACCAAAUUUGGAUGUUGUACUCGAACGAGAAUCAGACUAAGACGUGGUCGUUCGACUGCAAGGGUCCCAAGUGGAUUCCUUCACCCUACCAGUCCGGUACUAAAGUCAGGAAUUUGUUCUACCCGUAUGAGGAGUACGAUCUCGCCGAUUCCCUGUCGUCUUUCCACAACGAUGGUCAACCACCAUUCACUGGUUGUUUACAGUCUGUCACCAUUCCGCCGUACGGUUUCAAGGCUCUCGUUCCGUCCACUGAGUGGGUUGGUCCGCAACCCGCUCUUACCAAGUUCACCCCUGGGCAUGAUGCACGUCUUAUCGCCGAACCGGGCGAUGCCAAUGCCACGACGAUUGACAUAACUUUGGAAUUCAAUGUCGAAAUGGACUGUCCCACCGUCACGCAGUCGCUGUCGUUCAACGUGUCGUCCUCUGGCAAGGGCGGUAACCCUACACUGGAUGCGAAUAGUGUUAAGUGUCAAACAACGAAAGGCCCAGAGCCCCUCGUCCCUGGCGUUGAUGCAUCUCAAUGGACGUGGAGUGGCACUCUUCAGAACGUCCCCGACGGUAUUUUGACAAUCACCGUGAACAGCCCUACCUCUCAAGCAGGCCAGUCUACGAACUCUGUCGAUCAUUUGAUGUUGCGCAAGGGUUCGUCGCAGAACGUGCUCGUCAACCCCAACGCCGACUACGACAACGAGGCCUUUGGCUACUCUGAUGGCAAGUACACCUUCACCCACAAAGCGUUUGGCGCCGACAUGCUUCGAUACUCCUGGAACUUCGGUCAGAACUGGACUAGUUGGCAGAACUGGGAGGACACGACUACCAUCGACUCAAGCGUGUUUGAUAACAAGGCCAACUUUUGGCAAGGACAACACAUCAUUGUCCAAUACUGGAGUCAAGCUGCGCUUUCUGCCGCCCACGUUGUCCACGCUGACCGCGGUUAUGGAAAGCCUCGUCGCGUUCCUCAAUUCUUGGCGCGUGGUCCCUUCAAUGACUGGGGUUUCGAUCAAGGUACUCCGGCGCAGAUGGAACACAACGACGAGGGCAAGUGGGAGCUGGAGAUUAUGGCUACCUGGCCGACGUAUGUCCAACUUAACGUCUGGGCAUACGACGACUACUACUAUGGUGAUACCGACGGCGAUGGUGUCAUGGAUCGUCUCCCUCCCAACACCGCUGCUCCCAACUAUCUCAACAUGUCCGCUCCUCCUCAUCCUCAUCUUGCUUGGGCCCUCGUCGUUGACGACGCGACGCUGACCUGGUCACUCGAACCUCGUGGACAAUCAGCUGUCGGUGCUAUCAUGUAUGCGCUGCUGCUUUCCAUCCCUCUCAUCACCGGUACCCUCGCUGUCGUGAUCUUCAUGUGGUCGUUCUACGGCAUCAAGUACAACAAGUGGGGUGUAAAGCCCAACAAGGAGACCAGCUACUUCCCCAUUAUCGGCUCGCUCGGUAACAAGUCGAGCUCGAAUGUGAAGGAGGCGACACCGUCAAUGUCCGAGAAGAUCUUCCACCAUGGACAUAAGGCGAACCAGGACAUUAUUGGCUGGCCCGAGGACAAGAACAAGCGUCGCAAGGUCCUCAUUGCAACUCUAGAGUACGAAAUCAUCGACUGGAAGCUCAAGGUUAAGAUCGGUGGUCUCGGUGUCAUGUCCAGUUUGAUGGGUAAAGCUAUGACGGAUGUCGAUCUCAUUUGGGUUAUUCCGAAGGUCAAGGAUCUCGAGUACCCGCCUGGCGAACCCGCAGAACCUAUCGAAGUCAUCAUUUUCGGCGAGCCUUACCUGAUCGAGGUCGAAACUCAUGUUCUUGACAACAUCACCUAUGUCAUCCUUGACAGUCCCGUCUUCCGUGCGCAAACCAAAUCUGAUCCUUACCCUGCUCGUAUGGACGAUCUGUCCUCCGCCAUCUUCUACUCGACUUGGAACCAGGCUAUCGCUGCCACCGUCAGACGUUCCCCAGUGAUUGACAUCUACCACGUCAAUGAUUACCACGGCGCCCUUGCUCCCAUCUAUCUACUGCCAAAGGUCCUUCCCGUUUGUCUAUCGCUUCACAACGCCGAGUUCCAGGGUCUCUGGCCACUUCGUACGAAGGAGGAAAUGAAGGAGGUUUGCUCGGCAUUUAACAUCAGCAAGGAACACUGUACGAAAUACGUCCAGUUCGGUAACACGUUCAACUUGCUACACGCGGCCGCCUCUUUCAUCAGUGUUCACCAAAAGUCUAUUGGUGUUGCUGGUGUGUCUGACAAAUACGGAAAGCGUUCAUGGGCUCGUUACCCCGCUCUUUGGACCCUCAAGCAUGUCGACUCGUUGCCUAACCCUGAUCCCACUGAUAUCGCCGCCUUGGAUGAGAAACCUAUAUCCGUUCGCGACAUUCAGAUCGACCAGGUUGCAGAAUCCGAACGUCCCGAGCACAAGCGACAAGCACAAGAGUGGGCUGGUAUAAAGCAGGAUCCUAACUCGGACUUGUUCGUGUUCGUCGGUCGUUGGUCUAAGCAAAAGGGUGUCGACCUUAUUGCGGAUGUCAUGCCGUCUCUGCUCGAGAAACGGCCUUCAAUCCAAUUGAUUACCGUUGGUCCCGUCAUCGAUCUGUACGGUCGUUUCGCAGCUGAGAAGCUCAACCGGCUCAUGGAACUCUACCCCGACCGUGUAUAUUCGAAGCCCGAGUUCACUGCUCUGCCGCCUUACCUGUUCAGUGGUGCUGAUUUCGCCCUCAUUCCCUCUCGUGAUGAGCCGUUCGGUCUCGUCGCCGUCGAAUUCGGUAGAAAGGGUGCCCUCGGUGUUGGUUCUCGUCUUGGUGGUCUGGGUCUAAUGCCUGGUUGGUGGUUCCCUGUUGAGUCGAUGUCGACCGAGCAUAUGAUGUCUCAGUUGACGAAGACAAUCAAGAUGGCUCUGAAAUCCACUGAAGAGGAACGCGCAAUGCUCCGUGCUCGAUCGGCAGUUCAACGUUUCCCCGUCGUCGAGUGGCGUCAGCGCAUGGAGGACUUCCACAAGCGUAGUAUCAAUAUGAGUCGAUCACUUGCUGGUGCCAACGCUUGGCGUGCGUCAGAUUGCGAUGGUGGAGGGGGACGACCUAUUCCCGAGCAUGAUGAUUGGGACCCCGAGUAUCAGGCUUACCCGUCACAACCGGCAUGGGACACGCGUAGCGUUAGCGACAGUCCAAGAUCUGCUGCUGGGACACCUGGAUCACCUGGUCAAUGGAGUCAGGAUGCUUUAACACCUACCGGAGACCAUCUUGCCGCCCCUUCUCGUGUUCAAGCGGAUGCCAACCGUGCAUCGUUUAGCUCCGAUGCUGACAGUGAUUACUUCUCGCAGGACCGCAAUAGUACCGCCCCACAACCAAACUACGGCAAUUUCCUCGAGAGGGCUAACAAAACCAUUGCUCGCGAUCAAAAGAACGCUCCUGAUCCUUUCCUCGAUGCUGCGCCAUCGCGGCCUUUCGGUGCUCACUCUCGUGCCUCCUCGGUCGAAUCCAUUGCGUCUAUCGUCAAUGAGAAACAAGAUUCACCGCUCAACAAGGCCAUCGCUUCGUUCACGGAUUCCGAUGGUGGCGUCGCGCAAGAAUUCGUCCAGAAACUUCAAAUGCUGAACUCUCACAAUUCGAAGGGUGAACUAUCUAUCGAAAAGUUCCUUACGAAGAGUGAGGAGAAGUUCUUCGACAAGGUCAAAAAGGAUAAGCUGUCCAGUGCAGCUAGUAUUCGGUCAUCGCGAAGGGAUUCCGUUUGGGGCACUCCUGCGCCAUCCACAUUUGACCAUUCUCGUCCAUCUUCACCAAUGGGUUCCUCUUCCUUUGGCGGCCCGGAGGAUGGUUACAGUGGACCACUACCCAACGGCAACGACGAGGUAAUCAUGACCGGUCUACAAAUUGCCAUGUCGCGUGAACUCUUUGGCUGGCCUUUGUAUACAAUCGUCAUCGCAGCAGGCCAAAUGUUAAGCGCGACAAGUUUCCAGAUCACCCUACUGUCCGGUCAGAAUUGGCAAACAGAUUUGCAGCUCUACGUGUUGGGCGGCGUCUUCUUGGCAGCUUCUACCGUUUGGUACACUCUCUUCCGGUUCAAACCUUCGGUCUACGUUCUUGCAGCACCCUGGCUCUUCUUCGGUAUCGCCUUCUUCUUGAUCGGUCUGCCUUCAGUAGCGUCUGCGUUACAUCCCGCGCACAGUGCUCUUUCAAGCGCUGCCACUUGGGCCUAUGCGGUUGCAUCUGCAGCAGCAUUCCUGUUCUUCGGUUUGAACUUUGGAGAGGAAGCUGGUGCUGCUACUGAGGUUUGGACUAUGCGAGCUUGUGUUGUCCAGGGUUCCCAACAGAUAUGGGUUGCCGCUCUUUGGUAUUGGGGCAAUUCGCUCAGUGGUGCCAAGGACGAUCAGUUCGCGCCGUGGUGGAUCGUCCUGAUUGUCUGGCCGUUGGCUGUCAUCAGUUUCCUGUUCGCCUACCUCAUGCUUUACGGUCUUCCCGAUUACUACCGUCAGACACCUCCUAAAGUACCGAACUUCCUCAAGACCUUGUUCCGCCGGAAGUUGGUGCUUUGGUUCCUUGGCUCCGAAAUUCUGCGUGAUUACUGGCUGAGCGGACCCUAUGGCCGUAACUGGAGUUUCCUCUGGUCAGUUCCUAUCCCGAAGUGGCAGAUCCUCCUCCUCGUCAUCGCAUUCUUCAUCGGUGUAUGGGCUCUCAUGCUCGGCAUUCUUACGUACUUCAGCAAGACGCAUACUUGGCUGCUCCCUGUCUUCGCAGUCGGAUUAGGCGCUCCCCGUUGGUGUCAGAUGCUCUGGGGUACUUCGUCACUUGCUCUGUACAUCCCAUGGGCAGGCCACGCGGGUCCUUAUCUUGGUAUCUCCCUCUGGCUCUGGCUCGGCGUCCUCGAUGCCAUUCAGGGUGUUGGCCUUGGUAUGAUCCUCCUCCAAACAUUGUCCCGUUUACAUGUCUGCGCUACCCUGGCCUUCGCUCAAAUCAUCGGUUCAGUAUGCGUCAUGGUCGCUCGCGCUACUGCGCCGAAUCGAAUCGGACCAGAGAGUGUAUUCCCAGAUGCCGCGAAAUGGGACUUCGAAGAAGGUCUCAAGGGUAGUCCACUGGCCUCUGCGCCAUUCUGGGUUGCCAUGAUCUGCCAGAUAAUCAUCGUCAUUGGCUACUUCUGGUUCUACCGCAAGGAACAACUUGGUAUGCACCUUUGUUUAUACCUUCCCCCACCUGUUUACUCAUGGUUUCUGUUUACAGCGCGCCCAUGAUCACGACCUAGAGGAAUUAUGAAUAUAAAGGGGUGUGGACUGACUUCUAGAUUUAUUAUCUUUUGCACUGCGGACUUUUACUUUUACUAUCGUACAUUAUCAUCUUUCGAGGAAUAUCCAUGGACUGUGAUUACUACUACGGACUCUGUAUACUCGUGAUUUUUGGUCGCUAUAGCAAACACACUCGCUACAUUUUCUUUCGUCGUAUAUCCUAGCAACUGCAAUCCAUCGAAUACAUGCAUAGUCCAUGAAUAUUAAUAUGUGCACUGGAAGGUGUAGUAGCCGACAGGUAGAUGAUAUACUAAUGUAAGUCC